CGACGCUUCUGUGGCUUGAGAUCGGAAAUAUGGCACAUAUAAUGAUUGCAUAUAUUUUCUGGUUAGUCGGUGGGUGGUGGGGUUUACAUCACUUUUAUCUCGGGAGGGACAGGCAAGCAUUCAUCUGGUGGGCCACAUUUGGCGGGUGUUUUGGGCUCGGGUGGUUCAGAGACUUGUGGCGCAUUCCGGAGUACAUAUUUGCAGCUAACAGAGACAAUGGAUAUUUGAAUGAGUUUGAACAAAAAAGACAAUAUUAUCCGUAUCCCAAGUUUAAUAUUGUGCGAUUUGCAGGAGAGAUUAUUCUCGGGUGGACUUUUGGAAUCCUGACACGAUUGUGUGUUCCAGAAGAAAAUGCUUAUGAAGGACUAGGCUUAAUAUUUUGUAUAAUUGUACCUCCUUGUGCGAUUGCUUUAGGUGUCCAUGUGGUUGCAAAUGUUCAGCCAGUAAAAGCAUCCUUUCAGUGGCCUCUAAUUGGGGCCCUGUGUGGAGUACCUUGGAUAUUAUAUGACACAGCCAAUUUUAUAUACUCUGCCGUUCUCUCUGCAAUAUUUGUGAAUUGGAAGGGAAAACAAUGGAACACAGAAGUGGGAAAUAAUCGUCCAUUCUGUAAACGUUUUAUCAGUUUGUGUUUCUGUUGUCUGCUUUAUUCCACCUUAUGGGGAGUUGUCAUUUACCAAACUGCUUCUAUUACAACAAAGGAUGGGGAGGAAGUGCCCCUGAGAGAGGCUAUCCCUAACUUUUUUAAUUCUCCAGCCUGGGCAGAAAUGAAAGAGUCACUCAAAGAGCUGUACAAGUUUUAUCAGAUUCAUGGAUUUGAGAAGCUUUGGGAAGAAUUUGUAGAGAAAUUAGACCCUACUGGAGAAACAAAUGCUUACAAAGUGUUAAAUCUAUCUGACACAGCCACAGAAAAAGAAAUCAAAGCUAGGUACAAAAUACUAGUGAGGGAAUGGCAUCCAGACAAACAGAGAGACCCGAGUAAAAAAGCUGAGGCUCAAGAAAAGUUCAUGGAGAUACAGAGAGCAUAUGAAAUUUUGUCCAAAAUUCAGAGCCGGAGGAUGAGGCAGAAUGUGAAGGCUAGAAGGAAAGAAGAAGAUCAGGAAUGGAUGGACAGAAGAAAAUUUAGAAAAGAUGAGUUUUGAUAAAAUAUGGUAAAUCUAUUAAACAGAUAUAUAUAAAUAUAUGUAUUAACAUAUUCUUAAAUAGUAUAUUUAUAUUUUUUGUACAGAAUUUGUGUAGAAAUGUAUGUGUGUCCAACAUUUGUCAACAAACAGGAAUUCUCUUUAAGUGCUUCAUUUAUUCUGCUGAGAAGAAAAUAUCAUGUUGCUAUAUACUUUAAAUUGAUAGUUGUUUUAAGAUAAGAAAAAAGAAAAGGGUAAUAGAAAGAAAAAAAAUUACUUUUAAACCCAAGAGCCAAAAAGAAUUUUGAUUUGAUUAAUUAAUUAAAACUGUUGUACAACAUCAAAGAUAAUGUUACAGUUUAGUGCCAUAUAUACAUCUACACAACUUUUCACUCUAAAACUAUAAUUAUUAACACAAAGUAAAUCGAGGAAUUAUUAUGCCAGUAUGUACAAUGUACAUUUUUGUGUUCAGCAUCUAAACUACCAUCCAUCCAUUUCCCCUAGCUUUUAUUCUUAUUUCAAGAUUGCUUUUUUUUCUGGGAAGGGGGGAUGGUGACUUGUAUGCUUUUAUUAAUUUAUCUCAUUUUCAUGUCUUAAUGUCUAGAAUAUUGAUCUCCAAUUAGUUUCUUUUUUUUAGCUCAUUUGAGCCAAAAUGAGCUUUUCUGACAAAAAUUUAUCUGUCAUCAUUGUCAUAGUGGUUUUUGUAACCAUUGUCAUUGUCAAAAACUUUUCACAAUUUUUCUACUAGUACUUCUUGACAACUACUGAGCCAACUUCAACCAAACUUGCCACAAAGUAUUCUUGGGUGAAGAGAAUUCAAGAGCUGUGGAAUAACUUUUCAACAUAUGAGCUAAAGUCAGAGAUUCAAAUUUUACACAAUGCAUGUACAGGAAAAUGUGCAGGAAAAAAAAUUAUCUAAAUGUUGUUUGGCUUCAACUUUGAUUAAAUCAUAGCUCCAUUAGGGCUAGAUUUUUAUCCACAUUAUGAAGUCUACAUUUUAAUGAAAUUAAAAGGAGAAAUUUUUCUUAUAAAAUCUGCUGACGACAACAGCAGGGCCAAAUGACUCAGGUGAGCAUUGUGGUCCAUGGGCCUCUUGUUACAUCGUUUAAAGGACAAGUGAUAUAAAUAAGUGUUAUCAUUCUACUUAUAAAUGUACUUUAAUAUUUAGUUUCUCUUAUAAGGAAAAUUUCAUAAACUUUUUGAAUUCAUCAAAUUUUUUGUGUAUUUGGCUGAAAACACUCAAAAUAACAACUUUCUGACCCCUGAGUAGGUUAUUUGUUCAGUUUUUAUUACUCUCCAUAUGAUAUUGCAAAUCCUUCAGACUCAUUUAAAUUUCUGAAAUUGUACAGAGCAUGUUCAAAAUUAUCUCCUAAUAAAUUUUGAAUUCAUGACAGUGCCUAUCCCAUAAUGCUAAGCUCUGUGUUCUAUACAAAUUUAACACUGUGGUAACACCUGCUGUUGUCGAAUGUAAUUUUUGCCAGGUUUAUUUUAUUUUAAUGUGUCAUGCUUCAGGCAAGUCAAACUGUUGUAGUUGUUAGUAUAUUGACUUUGUUCAAAUUGUACUUUUUUUUAUAUAUCAGAUAAUCCUAUACUAUAGAUUCUCAUUAUUUUAUUACUUGAUACUUCAGAAUAUGCUUUUUUGUAAUACACUCUAUAGUUUUGACU